CUCAGUAUAGAAGACAUAAUGAAGUUUCCAAGCUUACCAGUGAUACCUGAUUGGGCCACAGCAUACAAGCCAACGUCUCUGGUCUCCCACCACGAGGGUUACACUGUGGGCCAGACGACCGGUGGCCUCAGCGUGUUCUUCACUGUGCUGUGUAUUGUCGAUCUUUUUGGGGUCUUCCCUGUCAUCGCAUUGCCUAAAAGCGUCAUAUCUUGUGGUAUAUAUGGCCUACCUUUGGUAGUGUGCGUAUUUGGACUGCAGUUAUACACAGCAGUCUUGCUCGGAAAAUGCUGGAUCCUUGCGCAAGAGAUAACACCUAACAUUAGCAAGAAGAAUCGACUACCUUACGCUGCAGUGGCGGAAUUGACUUUUGGGGUAAUGGCAAGACGGAUCGUAACUUUUUUAAUAGACGCCGCUGUUUUUGGAGCCGGAGUUCCGAAUUUUAUAUUAGCUUCACAGAGCAUGCAGCUUUUCUGGUGGAAGAUCAGCGGCGGCGAGGUGGGCAUCACUUACUGCGUGUGGAUGCUGGUUAUAGCGCUUCUACUCUGCCCCGUCAUGUGGCUGGGUUCGCCAAAGGAUAUGAAACCGUUGGCGGUGACGUCAGUGCUGAUUGUGACGACAGUAGCGAUGUCCGUCUGGUCGUGUAUACUGCUGGAUGACGUCUCCCCGCGCAGUGCGGGGAGCCUGCUCGACUACCAACCCAGCGCUGAGGACUUCCUCAAUGCUUACGGAAUUAUAGCUUUUCAGUUCGAUAUUCACCCACUGCUACUGACCAUCCAAGUGGAUAUGAAGGAUGGCAGGAGGAUCAACUCGGCGGUGUUGGGGGGAUUUGCAGUCACUGUCACCAUGUUCGCGGUCACAACUGCACUUGCUGCUUAUAGAUAUGGGGAUCAUGUUACCAGUAACAUAUUACAAGGUAUUCCACCGUCCAUAACUUUGUACGUGGUGGCGUUGCUGGUCACCAUCCAGCUAUGUCUGUCCAGUGCCGUGGGAAAUUCAGCGCUUUUCCAGCACAUUGAAGAAUUACUGAAAAUUCCUAGAGAUUUUUGCUUACAGCGUUGCCUGCUCAGAUCAGGUAUUGUGGGGUUGGCUGUGUUCUUAGGAGAAUCAGUUCCAAGGUUCGACCUAGUGAUGGGACUAGUUGGCUCAACGCUUACAGGACCGCUAAUGUUUGUUUUCCCGCCAUUAUUCUUUAUCAAGCUCUGUUACAUGAAAACAAAAAUGUCCGAAAAGGAGGUUGCAAAUAAUAUAAGCUAUCACAACUUAAAACAAAAUGGUAUCAACAAUGAUAUACAUGGAAAGAAAAAUUCAAGUUCGAUAUUCAACUUUGAUAUUUAUAGAACGAGAAAUAACGUACAAACCGACACUAUGAAUUACACACAAAAUGGCGGAUCGAAUGGUACACAAAAUGGAGGACUAUCAAAGUUCCCGCUCAUUUUAGAAUACCACACAAAAUAUAAGACGUUUAGUAAUUAUGAGGAAAUUGAGGACAAGAACGAUGGAUAUAAAGUGAAAUGGUACGAUAUGUUUUUAGCGUUAACGGUAAUGGUGAUUGGUGUGACAGCUUCAAUAGUAGCGACCUUUUCGAGUUGGUCGAGCAGCAUAAACUAUGCUACUUUCUCGCCGCCAUGUUUAAUUAACGCCACGGUAGCUGCCAGAAGUUUCCUAGAAUAUUCUGACACAGUGUAAAUGUUAUUAUCAAUUUUUUGUAAACCCUAUGAUAUAUUGUGCUAGGCACUAAGCAUAGUAUAGUA